AUGUUUCAGCUGGACCUCCUCAGGACCUCCUCAGGACCUCCUCAGGACCUCCUCAGGACCUCCUCAGGACCUCCUCAGGACCUCCUCUCAACUGACCGGAGAGGAUGGGGAGGAGGAGGGAGGAGGAGGGAGGAGGAGGAGGAGGAGGAGGAGGUAUGGAGCGAGAACCGGCCCCUAUUGGCUGUUCCCAUGACGACGGGGACGGGACCAGGCCUGGGAUUGGUGGAGGAGAUCAUGGAGACUUCAGUGCAUGACGAGAUGGAGACGGAGAUGGAGUUGGCUAAUUACAGAGACCUGGAUGUGCUGGAUGUGAGUUCUGCAAAUCACAUGCAGUUUGCAGAGAGGCUGUUGUGA